AACACCAACAAUCCUGGCUCUGGCCAGUAAUAGCCUAUGCGAGAUUAUGGCCACACGCUUAUAUUGUGGUGCUCCAGUAGCACCAUACUCUGUGUGCUCCACCACACCCUCCAGUGGUGCAGUGGAAUACUACGCUGAAAUAUCUCGACGUUUGGAUGUCAUUUCACUGAAUAUCGAUAUCCUACGCUACGCUACCACACUCCACAUCCAACAAUGUACUUUAUUUCAAAUGGGUAUUUUUAGAAUUAAUUUCAUUUCACUGAAUUUCAACCAUUCCAGUUUUGACAGAUUGCAACAUACUUAAAAAUGGAUUUCAAACAAAGAGUUAAUUGUUUCGAAAUUAUCAAGAUUCUACCUGAAUAACAAAUUAAACAGGAAAUUGACAAUUGACUUCAAUUAGUUGAAUAGCUUGGCUCCAAU